AUGAUUGUGCCAGUCAAGGAUGGAACGACCAAGGAUACAUGGAUCUUCUUGAAGCCAUUAACUGCUGACUUGUGGUUUGGAAGCAUUGUAUUCUUCAUAUUCACAGGGGCUGCCAUCUGGCUAUUGGAGCGACGAAUCGAUAACGCUGAACUGACUGGUUCCAUUUCCCGCCAGCUUGGAAUAGCAAUAUAUUUCCGCUUCUUUGUUGAUAAGGAGAGGGUGGAAAGUAUUUUGUCUAGAUUGGUUAUCAUUGUAUGGGUUUUUGUUCUCCUCGUUAUUACAUCAAGUUAUACAGCCAAUUUAUCAUCAAUGCUUACUGUGCAACAGCUUCAACCCACAGUAACUGAUGUCCAUGAACUCCUUAAGAAAUGGGAAUAUGUAGGGUACAAAAAUGGCUCUUUCUUAGGGGACCUAUUAGAACAAAUUGGUUUUGACAGAAGAAAGAUCAAGGCAUACAGUAAUCCAGACGAUUUUGAUGAUGCACUCUGUAAAGGGAGCAAAAAUGGUGGUAUUGCUGCCGUCAUAGAUGAAGUUCCAUACAUCAAAAUAUUCCUCUCUAAGCAUUGCAAAGGUUAUACAAUGGUCGGACCAAUUUACAAGUCUGAAGGUUUUGGCUUUGUAAGUUAG